AAAUGUCAAUAUAACCUCAAAAAUAUUUAAAAGAAAAUGUAAUGUAAGAGCGGAUUCCUGGUGUAUUUGCCUUGAAAAUGAUAAAUUUUCCAAAAUUCUCGUGUAUUUAGCACUAAAAAAAAAUCAAGAAAAAUGGCAACAAAACUAAAACUUUAUGUGGGCCGCAAGAUAAUAGAUUCAUUGGACAAGGGAAUGAAAUUCUCUCCAACCCGGCUACAAAACCUAAUACAUGUAGGAACCCCUCAAGAAAAGAGUAGAGUUGAACUCAAUUUACCAUUAAGUGUUUUAGAGACCCAUUUGGGAAUAACAAAUGUAAAUCACAUUUUAAAAAUUCAGCCUGAUGAUAUCAUUCGUAAUGUUCACUUAGUUCGUGACAGGGCAAAUAGAAAAAUAUCUUUUGAAAUAGAUCGUAAAAUUUUUGUUAAAGAUGUUAUGGAAAAUUGUUUCUUUCCUGACCUAAAUUUUAAACCAAGAAAUAUUGUUGUGGAGUAUAGUUCCCCAAAUGUGGCCAAACCUUUUCAUUAUGGCCACUUAAGGUCAACAAUUAUAGGUAACUUUAUCAGCAACCUAAAUAUGUUUAUAAAAAAUAAAGUUACCAGGCUAAAUUAUUUGGGAGAUUGGGGCACACAGUUUGGUUUUAUAAAAGUGGGAAUUGAUAGUUUAAAUUACACCAUGGAUUCAUUAAAGUCUGAUCCCAUGAAACUUUUGUACCAAUCUUAUGUUCAUGCAAACAAACUGGCAGAAAAAGAUCCAAAUAUUAUCGAAAAAGCCAAAGCAGAAUUUUUAAAAUUGGAACAGGAAUCACCAGAAGAUAUUGCAAAAUGGAAACAGAUAUUAGACUUAACAAAAAAUGAGUUGACACAGUCAUAUAGCAGACUAGGAGUAACAUUUGAUGAAUACAACUCUGAAUCUAUGUAUAGUUCAAGUGAUAUUCAGAAUGUCUUAGAUGUUAUGAGAAAAAAGAAUAUAAUGAAAAAAUUAAAGGAUGGCAGAGAGGUGGCAGAGGUAGACAAUGACAGAACAGUAUCAAUUAUAAAAAGUGAUGGCACAACUUUAUAUCUCACAAGAGACAUAGCAGCAGCUAUAGAUCGGUUUCAAAGAUUCAAAUUUGAUAAAAUGUACUAUGUAGUUGAAAAUGGCCAAAAUGACCAUUUUAAUGCUUUAAAAAGUAUUAUAAAUAAAAUGGACUUUCCUUGGUCAGAUAGGAUAACACACAUAAAAUUUGGAAGGGUGCAAGGAUUAAGUACUAGGAAAGGAACAGCCAUUUUUCUUAAUGAUAUUUUAGAUGAAUGCAAGGAACUAGUAAUUAAAAGGCAAAUUGAGUCUCCUACAACUAAAGUUCCGAUAACUGAUGAAACCACAUCAGAUAUUUUGGGUGUAAGUUGUGUAAUUGUCAAUGACCUUAAGCAGAGAAGACAAAAAGACUACAAUUUUGAUUUGGACAAAAUUUUACAGGUAAAAGGUGAUACUGGAGUCAAACUACAGUAUACCCACUGUAGACUUCAUAGCUUAGAAGAAAAUUGCGGAGCUAUUCCUGCAAAAACCUGCCAGCCAGAUAUUUUGAUAGAGGAGGAGGUUAUAAUUUUACUUAAAGAAUUGGCUAAGUUUCAGGAUAUUUUACAUAUUGCUAAUGAACAGCUUGAGGCCUGUAUAAUGGUGACAUAUUUGUUCCACUUAUGUAAUCACAUAAAUAGAGCAUUAAAAACUCUACAAAUAAAAGGGGCAGAUCCAAAUGUGGCCUCUCAAAGAUUGUUACUGUUUAACACUGCCAGAGAGGUUCUGAAGAACGGAAUGAUGAUUUUAGGACUGAAACCACUUACCAAAAUGUGAUAUUUCCUGUCUGUAGUAGUUUAUUAAUAAAACAUAAAAAGACACAUA